AUUGCAUUGCGCCAUAGAAAGCGCAGUUGAAUGCGCGCAAUUUUCAAAACAUAUUUUCAAGGCGGUUAAAAAAUAAAUUUAAAAAAAAAUCCUUCAUCAUGGAGGUAGACUUUGAUACUUGCUUACGAUCACUUAGGAACUCGUUCAACCAGUACAGAAAUUAUCCUUCUGAAGAUUCCAGGAAAGACCUUGAGCGCGAAAUCAAUGUAAUUGUUGGUAUUGCUAGCCACGGAGAACGCAAUAUAUCAAGUCGCUUCAACCCCAGAAACUUACUGCAUGCAGAUGCGUUGUCUAUAUUCGUCACUCUUUUGAAUGAAGUUAACCUGAAGGAAUCGAUUUUUGCAGCAUCAAUUUCAUUAUUGAAUGAAUUAGCUGCAUCAUCUAAAAUAAGACUGAGCCUUCAAGAGACAUUUAAUCUGCCUUCCACAUUGUUCAAUUUUAUCAUACAACACCAAACAUCAAGUGAUCUAUCAAUAAUUUUGCAAUGUCUUCAGCUUGUUCAACUAGUCACAUAUGGCAUCAAAGUCCAACAUUCACUUGGAGAUUUGAAUGGUUUAAUAAAGUAUCUCGUUUCAAAAGUUAUGGCACCUGAAUCGGUACUGACAACUCAUUGUUUGGGAUCUUUGACAAAUCUCUGUAGGAAUAAUUUCCUUGUUCAAGACCAUUUAAAGAAGCUGGGAAAUGUCAAAGGCUUUUUUAGAAGUGUUGCUUCAUUCUUGUCUCAUUCAAAUUGGAUGAACAUAAUCUAUGCACUCUCAAUUUUGUCAAUCUGCACCGAUGAGCCUCUUGGUGAAAAGGUUUUCAACAAGAAUAAUAUUGAUCAAACAUUUGCAUUGACAUUCAAUGUACUCUUGAAAGGAGAGAGUGUCAACAUGCAGAAAUAUGCCUGUGAUCUGCUAAACGACUUGAUGCAAAGCACAAGAAUGCAGAAGUAUUUAGCCAACUAUACUGAUCUUCAAAUUCACAUGAAAGAAUUAGCACUGAAGCUCAAAGCUGUUGAUGAAGAACUAGUUGAGAAGAUUCUACAAUUGCUCAUAAGCAUGAAGAGCAUUCGUGGCCUCUUAGAAAAGUUGUAUUUUGGGCAUGAUGUGAACGGCCAAGGAAAGGCUGGUCAUGAAAAUUGUAAUGAUAAGGACGGUACUAACAGCUGUAUGUCAGUAGUUUUAGAACUGUGUGGAAGGCUUCUUGCAAAAAGACACCCCCUUGCAUCAUUGGCGCUGAGGUUCCUCAAGCAUCUGUACCAGGCCAAUAGCCCCUCCAUCCAAUCUUCGUCGAAAGUAAUUAGAAUGCUUGCACGACAUCUUUAUUUACUGGAAGAAGAAGAAAACUACCCGAGCGUGCAAGAAAGAUACGAGAACAUCCGAAGAAGUAUUGAGAUUCUGAUGAUUUUUUGCUGCGAAGAGAGGCUUACCGGUGCUGUUACUGAGUCAAUCUCGUGCGAAUCGAUUUGCCGAUUUAUUGAAAUUAUUUUUGAUCGAUUUGCAACAGAGCUGAGCUCACCGAGGAGUAUAAGCUGCGAACACAGAGAAGAGGUUUCGUCUGCAGUUAUUGCCUUUAUCGAGCUCAUGUCCCUGGUCAUAAAGUACACAAAGCAAGGACAGGAAGCUUACACUCGAAUCCUGCAGUCUUCAAAUUUGCCGCCAUUCCUGGCAUGUUGCCUAGCAAGCACCUCCACCGAUUUAGUGAAACGCACCAUGAAAAUUGUCCAAACGUUGCUGAGCUUGUCAAAAUCUUCUCCUGAUUUACUGAGUACCCUCUUGGCAUCUAACAACAAACAACGCGAAGAAAUAACUGCUUUACUGAGAAAGCAGCAAUCUAUAGAGCCUGCUUACCAUCCAAAUGUGGCAUCCUUUUCUGUAAAUGAAAUAGUAAGCAAUUCGAGGCGAGAUGGUGGAAAAAGUAAACAAGAUGAACACGUUGAUUCUAUUUCUGCCCUGGCUGAUCGAGUGUCGUCUGGUCUUGAGAUUAAAGACUCAGCAAAGGUUUCUGAGAUAAUGGAUAUAUACGAACACAAAUUAGCAAUAAUUCAAGGAAAAGAGAGCCAUUUGCAAGACCUUUUGGAUGCCAAAACAGCAGCCCUUGCGCAGGCGGAUCGUUACAUCGCACAGUACCGGUGCAGGAGUGCGCAAUCCGAAGCUGAGUGCUUGAAACUCCGCUCCCUGUUGCUCGAGAGUCAAAAGACAUCAGAAAGCCAAUUCGAACAGAUCGAUGUCUUUACCGUGGAAAUGAAAUCCUUGGAAACAAAGAUCGAUUCACUUUAUGAUGAAAACAAAGCUUUAACGGAAAUAUCCACCGAACACCACCAACUAAAGCUUUCUCACAAAGAAGCCCUUGACAGACUGAAUACAGUACGAAAUGGCUUGAUAGCUGCAGAGGAAGAACAAAAGAACAUGACUGAAGCAAAUGACAUUUUGAAAAGGCAGUACGAAAAUUUGAAGUCUCAACAAGAAAGUUCCUUGCUGCAGUUACGGAAAUGCGAAGAGGAAAAGCAAAGCACAAUUAAGAUACUUCACGAAAAAGAGUCAAAACUUGAUGAUGCAGUAAAGAAAACUAUUCAAUUUGAAGAGAGGAUAAAAUACCAAAAUCAGGAAUUACAAGAUGGGGAAAAGAAAAUGAAACAGGCCGCAGCUAAGUUGAAGGUUUUAGAAGAAGCAAAUGGAGGUUUAACUGGGAAGGUUGAAGAAUUGGAGACGGAAAAGACCAAUUUGCUUGGAAUUGUCAAAGAAUUAGAAAAACAGAAACUCAACCACCAGGAACACAUAAAAAGACUCGUUCAACAAGUAAAAGAACUCGAGAAAGAACGACAAAUUUUAUCGCAGAGGUUAUGUGAGCUAGAAAAGAAAAAUGAAGAAUCUCUAAAAUCAAUAUCAGCAUUGAAGCGGGAAGUGAAAGAAAGGGAUAAUGAUAACAAAGAAGUGGAGAGAAAAAUGAAAGACGUGGAGAAAAAACUGAAGCAGACAGAAAAAUCAAAAAUGGACUUGAAUCACAAGGUAUCAUCUCUUGGAGUUUUAAAUGAAAAGUAUGAGAAAGACAUAUCAAAGAAAGAUGAAGUGAUAAAAGAGUUGAAGCAGCAGCUCGAUAAACAUUCGCAAAUAGCGGCCAUGAUUCACAAUCUGAGUAGUGGCAAAGUGCCAUGCAAUGGGUUGAACUUCAGCCCGUGAACAUCCGCUAGUACUCCAUACUUUUGUGAAGCAGAUACCCUUCUAUGUGUUUUCAUCUACUCGGCUUUUCUUGUGCAUAUAUUUUUUCAGAUAUCUUAAAGAACACUCCUUAGUAGAUAAGCUCCUUUUGGGUUCCAGACCACCUGAGAAUGAUGCCCAGUAUUCAGUGUUUCAAAUUAUGUACCACAACAUUAUUCCUUUUGAACGAGCUAAUUUUUCUUGGCAAAAGAGAAUCGUGCGGCUGCAGGAAUCAGACUCGUGCUAAGGCCCAGUUCACACGAAGUCGGAUUCAUUUUGGAAAGGAGUCCCUGUAUAGAGCCAUGCUAUCCACCACAAACACCCCCUGCCCCCUCUCCCCCAUAUAUCUCUUAUGAUUUCAAAUUGGCUUUACCCUGAAUGAUAUGGGGUUUCGCACGGCCUAUUUCCUGUAUUUGAUUUGUUAUUGUACUUUGUGAAAUCGGUUAUAAGCUCCUGGUCAGCAGCAAUAUCUAAAUGCUGCAUGUCGAUAAUGUUGUGGCAUGUAGCUUUGAUUCCUCGCACCAGUUGCAUUGUUUUUUAACCUUUUGGUAAAAUUUUAUCAUGUUGUAAUAUACUAUCCAAAUGACUGUGGCAUUACGUUACUGGGAAAUUCAUUUAAAAUAUUUUUUGCUCCAUGAGAGAUACCUUGCCUGAAGUGUUAACUAUACGCUAAUGUCGAGAAUUUUGAGGACCUAGUGAUCUAAAGCUCAAGAAAACGCACAGAAUCAGUGGUAAUAGUCAGGAUCAGUCAAGCUUUGUCCAUUUUCUCUGAUAACGCAAUGUGAUAAUGAUUUAUUUGUUUAUGUAAUUUCAAGGCUGUUUCACCGUUGCAAUGGCUGCAGCACUUGCAUAACGGUGUGCAUCGCCAGUGUCACUUUACUUGUGCAAUAAUAAUGCACUCACUUCUUUAGCCAUUAGAAUAAAACACCAUUAUUGACAAUGGUAACUUGAUGGUGCAUUUUUUGUUUGCUUUUACUAUUUCCAUUAUUACGAGAUAUGUAAGUCGAUCGGAGUGAUUCUAAGCAAAAGUUAGAUAUGUAAGUCGAUCGGAUAUGUAAGUCGAUCGUCCUUUUAAAUAGCCUGUUAAUAGGAUUAAUCAGAUAUGUAAGUCGAUCGGAGUGAUUCUAAGCAAAAGUUAGAACUGACUGAUCGAUCAAUUUAAUAAUGAUCUUUUGUUUACAAAGUAAAAAAAUUUACUACUUAGUUCUGUUGCAACCAAAGUCCUCGUCAAGAAUGUAUCGAGGAAUGCCACUGAAGCACUUCGUCAUGCUCGAUAAGGAGGUUCAGUGCGUAAGAAGCCUUUUUGGUUGGCUGAAGCCUGCAAUCCUGGCCAAAAGGUUAGUGGACUUGAGAAAAAACCCAAUAAAAUGGAAACUUCGCCCCAAUAAUGUUAUCAAAGUAACGGCAAUCGAAAUGAGUAGAAAUAAGCGUAUCAACAUCGACUGUGGGGGAUGGGGAGCGUAUUUGUUCAAGAAGACUACAAUUUGCCAGCCAGUCAAAUAACUUUUGGCCAGGAUUGUAGUUUAGGUUUUCUAUAUUUUCGGCAGCCAGUAAUCUGAAAAGAAUUUAAUUUCAUUCCAGCUUAGAAAGCGUCUUGAAUACGGUCAUUUUUAUAAGGACCAGAUAUUUUCUGACUAGGCUCAAUGUUCUUAUUUUUUGAUGAUUUGAGGCUUGGAUGUAUCUAGUGUUAGUUAAUAAAUUGCCCC